AUGUCUGCUGCUCCUUCAGAACCACAAGUCUUCUUUGCUCGUGCAGUCAUUGCACGACUUGCAGUAUGGCCGGUUCUGCGCGUCGCCGUCGACUCUGGAUGGGGCGGUCCAGAAUCCAAGCAAAAGCGAACAUGGAUGGCGGGUGAGAUCAUCGAUGCGUUUGGCGCAUCAACAGGGGCCGCUUCAGACCCCGACGAGACAUAUAUCGAAGAACUCCUCCUCCAGAUGAUGGCCGACGAGUUUGAUUGCAUGGUCGAAGACUAUAGCGGGGAAGAUGUCGCUCGCGACAUUAUUCGACUACGAGAAGAUUUUAAAAGCAGCAGAAUUGAGGAGAGCAUGAAGCACUGGGAAGAGCGGGAGCGGGCAAUCGGUGGGAAAAAGGUCGAAUACACCUUUACCAAGAAGGGAGACGACACGGAUUGGGUAGACGACGAUGAAGAGGGUUCGGGUGAGGAUGGAGAAGACGAGAACGAGGAGAUGGAGGACGAAGAAGUGCCCCAACUGAUCGAACAUAGCCAAAAGAAAGAACCAGUUAUCGAUGAGGACGGUUUCACGUUGGUUCAAGGCAAGGGAAAGGGCCAGAGACGAGGGUAA